ACAUAACUGCGUGAGCUAUCGCGACAUUGUUUUGCUUCUUUCUUGACACAGCUUAAUUUAGUACAAAUUUUCUCGAUUUGCAAUUAACUGCCUUUUUUAGCCAAAUAAACAUGCAAAUCCUUGGUCGUUACGACGCUUGGCUUGUGUGCUGAUUAAAUCCAACAGCCCCAAAAUUGUACCCUAGUCUAUUUUAUUUAUUCUGCCCACUCGCGACAAUAAUCUCGAGAACCGAUUGAAGAACCCAUCCAGCAGUUUGAAGCCAAAGAAAAUUUGAAUGGAAAGCAAAAGGAUCCGCCAACAAUUCCUGGUCAAAUUCUAAAGAAGGCAGUAGCUAUUGUUAAACCGCAAGUUGAACUUAAUCGGCCGAAAGGGUCUAAUCCAAUCUCAAAGAAAAGAAACACAGCACAACUGAACCAAGAGAGCCAAUAUACAAGUCAGAGAAACAGCAGGAUUAGCAGUCGGACAGAGAACCAAACCGCAAGUUUCUUGGUUUGAAAGAAAGAAAGAAUAAUCCAACUAGAGAAGCGUCAGGGUUCGCCAAAAAGCACAGCCAAUUUCAGGCCAGUUAAGCAGAAACAUUGUUGCUUUACUUGAGAGGCUUGAAGUUAGAGUCGGACUAAUUUAACCUCUUUUCUCAAGAACCGAUCAAGAAAGUGUAAUCAUUCAGUUUGGGUCGUUUGCGGGAGAAGUCAGUUUCAGUCUUGCUGGUAUUUGUGUGGCCCAACUGUUUUGCAAGACGGAACAACUAACUUUCUCUUUUGCCCUUGGAACUUUAUUGUGGGGAAGGACUAAAGAAAAAAUUGUUUUGCGGAGACACUUAAGCAACCAAGUUCACUUAAUACACCCCAUCACUAUUGAAUCAAUUGAUCCGAUAGACUCUUCCUAAUUAUUCUCCGGAGAUAAUUGAUCGAUUCUCAAAAUAUCUAUUCACUGAUUUGCUGUCCACCAAAAAUAUCACUGUCACCCAGCAUAACAAUCUUUAUCACUAUAAUUCACACGUCAAUUAAUCCUAACUCGUAAUCUCGAUAACAAUCGACUAUUCGAACAACAAUAAACUCGGCCAAUCUGUUAGAAAAUCAUCCUCGGAUUUGUUGCUCUGUGCGUGAAAUAAAACAUUCGAUCAAAAGAUUUAUUUCUUCGACUGUCGCGUUUUGCUUGAAAGUAAAUAACCGUUCCUCUGUUUGUCACUUGAAACGAAAACCUGCACCGCCCUUUAUUGAAUUAGCGUACUCAGCGGGCCUUGGCAUUGACAAAACAAUCCUGCGCUUGGUCUCGAAAUUCGAAACAGCCCUGAUCUCUGCAAAAUCAAACCCUGUACCAAAAAGGGCCUUCAAUCAUUGAUGCACAAUCGAAAUACAUUGUUUCACUUGUAGUGAUAUUUAAGCUAUCCUUUAACAUAUAUCAGAUAUCGUUUUAGUGCCUUUUAACGGAACUCGUCGAAUUAUUUUUAUUCGGACGAAUUGUUUUCCUCGCCGGAUUUUAUUUUUGUUUCUUAAUUUCUUGUGUAUAUAUCGCUGAUUUUAACUCGGACUUUCUUCUUACUUUCCUUGAAGCGAAGUUACUAAUGUGAUUCUACUAAUACUUGAUUUCCUUUCCACAAAUCGAAUUAUCAUUUUAUGCAAUCGACACAAUGAACACGUCAUCCACAAUGCAUGCUAAUCAGACGCAGAAAACUAGUCACACUAGUCAGACGAAUACUCGCAGCCAGUCGGCGGCCAAGAAGAACCCGAAGUUCGCUUUUGCGAUCGACACUCGGGAUAAGGGGAAAAUACCGACAAAUACAGACCCCAAUACAAUUCACAAACUAUUCUGGACCAAAUUCAAACCCGCAAACAGCAGCUCUUCAGCAUCUAGUAACAGUGUAGUGAGUGGGAGUGAAUUGAGGAGUCUUCACAAUCUAUUGCAGCUGGAGAAACAACUGCUUCUGAAGGGACUACAAUGUGUGAGACAGUAUACUACUGGACCCAUUCUCAGCACUAAUUACUCAUCGCCAGACAUAGAACUGUGGAUGCGACAGAAGUGUCUGGAGUGGCUGCUAGAAGUAUCGGAGGGCAGAGAGGCUGACCCAAAUGUGACACUACACGCCAUGAGUCUAUUCGACCAGAUGCUAGUGCGCCAGUGCAUCCCAAACGAGAAACUACAACUGGUCGCAGCCACAGGGUAUUUAUUGGCAUCCAAACUCAGAGAGACUUGUCCAGUCACCCCCGCGGAACUGGAGGCAUUAACUUAUUCUUCCUGUUCGGAACAAGAAAUCAGACAGUUCGAGAUGGUCAUGACAGUGAGCUUAGAUUGGGACCUAGACAGUGUGACCCCCUUGCCCUUCCUGCAGAGCAUGGCCUCGUUCCUAGUGUGCAGUGAAGUGGUGGGUGUGAUGGUGGAGAGGGCAACUGAAGUAGUCCUGAAGUGUGUGCUGUGUGAACAGAUGCUGGGACUGAGUCAGUCUCUGUUGGCAGCUGCUAGUCUGUUGUACACUAUGGCUAGUCUAGCAGUCAGUCCACAGGCACAGAAUGUGUUCAACUUGUGCUCUCAUCGCCUGGUGGACAUCUUAGGCUGCAACAUGGAGACACUUCUCUCAGUCACAGACCAGAUGCAUUGCAUCAUGGUUUACGGCGACGCCAACCCCCCCACAACAACCAACUGCACAUCACAAAUGGGAGAAACAGGGGGAAUGACAUCGGCGGAAAACAACAACGACCUCGACUAUCCCCCUAUUGUACCACCCCUGACGUCUGUGGUAUCGAAUGUGACCCCACCCAAGUCGGCAGGGAUCGUGAGUGAAAGUGUAGGCACCACGCCUAGUGCGCCUCACGAUAUGAACUUCGCCCUUUGAGGCGGGGGGGGGGGAGUUGUGAAAGGUGUUGUCAUGUGGCUAAGAGAAGCUGUUCUACAUCACAUCACCAGGACAUACAAACGAAUGAUUUGAAAGUGAAGUCAAAAUGAUUGAAGUUUCUCGGAGUCGGAGCUUUAAUGGACUUGACAGGACUAGAAAGAGACCAUCUGAAAACAAAACAUCAUUAACUGUCUGAUUGGUCUUUCCGUACAAAAAAUUCUGCUACUCAUUGGUGCCUUAAAAUAAAAAACUGAUCUAGUUUUUCAAACAGAAACUCUUUGAAUAUACAACUUAUUCAUCGCCAUUUGUCUAUCAAGCACUCUUGCGUACGUUGAUCGUUGUAAAGUGCAAUAAAACAAUUCUUUUAAUUUUGAAGGUGUGUUAAAAAAACAAAUAAUACAUGCAAUUACAACGUUGAUAGCUUUUGAGUAUUUGUUCGUUGAAUGUUCAAGUUGCUUAUUUAUUUCCAAAUUUGUUAUUUUUCGUUCCAGUUUAAUAAUACUUACCAAAUCAAUAAACCAUUAGGUAGCUUAGUUUGUGCAAUAGAAUUUGAUAAGUUGAUAUUAAUGAAUUAUUUGGUACUUCUACUUAACCAAAAUUCUCCUGAUAUAGAUGAAAUUUUGGCUUGUGAUAAUCUUUUUUAACGUCUGGCGCUUGCGAUAAUUUGGAAUCUGCGAACUGUUAACUCAUUUGGUUGUUGUUCUCUUUUAAACAUCAUUUUAAUCUCAGGAAUUUCGAGCAGGUAACUUAACAGACUCAAAUACGAUUUUCUGUAUCUCAAGAUCGUUUCUAAAGUGGCAUACCAUAUGACCAAAGAUCCCACAUAGAAUAAGUGAUUAAAAUCAUGAGAGUUUUUUUUAAAAUCUUACUUGAGAAUGCAUUAUUCUUUAUAAAAUUCUGGAAACAUUUGAAGUUUUUUUUUAACUUCAAAUGCUUUGUUGACUUCAUAUCUGAGUCUGGGAAUAUAUCGUGCAAAAUGAUUCCCCAAACUGCUGUCGUAACUAAAAACUGACGCAAAAGAUAUUUUUACGUUCCAAAAUGCAGUGUGUGUGAGGGGGAUUUUUUUGACGGUGCAUUGGAUUAAUCUAGCAUUAAAACUGCUCCUCAAUUACCGAAUAAACGAGCAGCGACUGACGCGAAACUCGCUCGGACAUGCAAUACUAACUUUUCGAAAAGCCGAAUCAGCGACGCAAACUGUUGAUUCGAACAACCUUACUUGUCUCCUGAACUAAUGCAUACAAAGUAGUUGAUGUGCUUUGGUAUACCUGGUGCCUUCUGUGGUCUUUUAAGAAAAUAACUCAUGGAAAACACAAAAAUUGUGCCUUAUUUGGUGCUAGAUUAGAUAUUGUCACUUAGAUUUACUCUUCUGUCCUUUUUAUGUUUUAGUUCCAUAAUUAAUUGCCUUUAGUACGUUACGUAGAAAGCCGUGCUUUUAUAUUUAUUACCCCGGUUCGUUAUUUAUUUCUGUUCAAUGUAUUAUGUUUGUCAUCUGGUAUUAAGUUUGACAACCACUUUGAAAUGCUAAUUUAAAGUCAUGAUUUUAUAUGUAACCAGAUUAUCCAAUCGAUAAUAUGUGCAACACCUAAAAUUAACUAAACACUACUACUUGCCUCUCAAAAUGACGUUGCAACAACCAACCCCCCUACCUAUUCGAGGGUGGGGGAGGUUGUUUUAGUGCAUACUUUUACUGUAUCCUUAAAUGCAUUAGAGUGCUGUAAUACUACUUCACGUGAGCUGCUUGUAUACUUAUUUACCCUCAGUUUGUCAAUACUUCUGACAGAAUGUGUUAUGUACCAUUUACCAUCAAUGCAUUUAGGCGUCAUCUAUUGUGGUUUUAGCUUCUAGAACUGACCUAAUGUUUCAUUACAGGAAGAUUGUGUGCUUUUAUGCUCUGCUCAAUCAUUUGUUCUUCUACAACUUUUAUUCUGUCUCCAUAACGCUUUGACAUUUUUUGUUUCAGUAAAAGACAAUUUAUUUUUCUGCAAUUCA